AUGGGCUUCGGCAAUGAAUACGAGGAGCAAGUUCGAGCGUGGGGUUUCGAGCGGGUUUUCACCUGGAGUGAUUCGCCAAACACUCACUAUCCACCACACUCACACGCCGCUCUUACGACUCAUCUGAUCGUCGAGGGUUCGAUAACUCUUUGGUAUCCGCAAGAAAAGGACAGCCAGAAGCAGAUAUAUGGGAUAGGAUCACGUAUUGACGUCGAUGCAGGAAGGGUUCACGAGGUCCAGGUUGGUGGAAGUGGCUGCACCAUGGUGAUAGGUGAAUGA